UCUCCCACCCCCCACCACCAUGUUUGUUAAGGUAUAUGAUGUGCCUUUGUCAGUGUCCCAGGAGGACAGUUAUAGCAGAAGGGAGGACCUGAGACCACUAGAAGAGUGGCAGAAUCUCACCUCCAAAUACAUGAAAAAAAUCCAGCAGAGACGAAAGACAUGGCUGAUGGUGGGCAUCUCCUCAGUGCCACGACCGGACCAAAACAGCCUCUCGUACACACUGCUCUCCCUGUUCCGUGCUACCUCUAAGAUUGAGCAGAAGCGUCUCACAGUGCUGGUCCACCUGGCAGAUUCUGACCUCACCUGGCUCAGAGAAACCACUGUCCAUAUUUCAAGCCUCUUCAGCCCACAGAUCUUGGCAGGACAGUUGUUGCUGAUCCAUGCUCCAUCUGACAUCUACCCCACUGUGGAUGAUGUCAGGGACAAGGACACUCAAGCGGAAUUCUACUCCAAGCAGAAUAUAGAUCACGCCUUCCUCAUGAGCUUUGCCACAAAGCUCUCUGAUUACUUCCUGUUACUGGAGGACAAUGCCUUUUGUGCCCCCAACUUUGUCACCCACAUUCAUUGGAAGGUGAACACCAUGAGGUCUGACCCGUGGGUGAUGCUGGAGUUCUCCAAUAUGGGCUUCCUUGGCAAACUCUUCCACAGCAGGGACCUCCCUGUCCUGUCCCAUUUCCUUCUCCUCUUCUACAAGGAAAAGCCCCUCAACAGGCUUAUCCCUCAUUUUCGUACCCUCCUGGCCCAGAAGAACCCCAUCCUCUGCAGACCUUUCCUCUUCUACCACAGGAUCUCCUACUUCACCUAUAAUGACAGCCAGAAAGCCACCCCAGUUCGGAAGAAGAACCCGUAUGGUCCUGACAACCCACCUGGAGCCAUUUUCACUGACAUGAAGGUGUUUGAUGUUCAUUUCCCCUGGGAGGCCUACACUCUGGACGAGUCCUUCUUCUGGACCCACAAUGUCAGUGCAGGGAACCACCUCACCGUCAUUUUGAACCAUCCAGUGAACCUGAACAGAGUGCAAGUCCUGACAGGGACCAUUGUGGAUGGAAAGUAUGCCCUGGAGAAGGGGCAAGUGGAACUGGGCUACGACCCCGAGGGGAUGCCUCAGUACUGUACCAGCUUUGCUGUGCUGGGCCAUCUCUUGGAAGGGCAGAUGGAUCAGGAGGUAUUUCUGAGAAGUCUGAGGUACAACGUGAGCUGUGUAAGGGUGGUGGUGAAAGCUAAUCAGCUUGGUGGUCUCAUUAUCAGGCACAUUCACCUCUGGGAGGAAAAUGCCAAAGAGGCAGAAGCAACUGAAAGUUGGAGGUAAAUCAGUAAGGGUCUGAAAAAUUAAAAUCUUGAAGCCAUUUCAUUCUAUCCCAUGUGACAUGGUGGAGAUACAAGGAAACAAGGGGGAGAGAGAGAAGACUAUGGUUCUUUUGGUGCCACCUGAUGUUAGGAGACCUAUUCCUUCCUUUUUCUAGCCAAACGAGUGACUCUUAUA